AUGGAGGGUGAGAGACAAGCACUUCUCGAGUUCAAACAGGGCCUCAUUGACAAAACAGAUCGUCUUGCUUCGUGGGUCAGUGAGGAUAGAAACUGUGGCAGAUGGGCUGGGAUUGUUUGUGAUAACAUCACUGGUCAUGUUCAUGGGAUUCAUCUACAGGGAAGUUCUUCUCCAGAUCUCAGAGGGGGUUAUUAUUGUGACCGGACACGGCCACUGGGAGGGAAUUUAAGUACAUCCUUGUUGGAUCUGAAGCAACUCGGUCAUCUGGACUUAAGCUGCAACAACUUUGGAGGGAUCCAAGUUCCGCAAUUCAUUGGUUCUCUUACAAACCUGAGAUAUCUUAACAUCUCAGCUUCCUAUUUCAGUGGAAUUAUUCCUCCUCAUUUGGGGAAUCUUUCUCGAUUGCACGUCCUUAGUCUUGGAUGUUUUCAUGAAUCAUAUGAAGACACACGCAUGAUGAAUAUGCAAUGGCUGUCAAACCUUCGUUUGUUGCAUCACCUGGAUAUGAGCAGUGUGGACCUUAGCACAGCCAUCGAUUGGUUUCAGGUGAUCAACACCCUUCCUUCUUUGACUGAACUACAUUUAUCAGAUUGUGAUCUUAUGGAUAUACAUCCACAUGUUCCUAGUCUUAAUAUCACAUCCCUUUCCUUGCUAGAUCUUUCUAAUAAUGAUUUGAGUAGUUUCAUGCCACAAUGGAUAUUUAGUAUGACUAAUUUGGUUUCCUUGGAUGUUUCACGGUGUCAUUUUCAUAGCAUUAUUCAUGACAAUAUGGAUGGCUUCCGUAACUUGACUUCACUCAAGUCGCUUCAUGUUUCCGAAAAUGAUUUUAUGAAUUCUUCAUUAGUUUUAAAAGGUCUCUCUAGUAAUCUUGUGUCAUUAAUGAUCAAUUCUUGUGGUGUUUCAAGUUCAGUUUUGAAUUCACUUCACAACUUAACCUCCCUCCGUAUCCUUGACCUGUCCGUUAAUAAACUUACAAAGAAAAUACCUAAAUCAGUUGUUGACAUUUGUAAUUUGAGAGAGAUUGAUUUGUCAUAUAACGAUUUUGGUAAUAUCAGUUUAAAUUAUCUUCUUGGAGAUUUUCUCGAGUGCAAAUCACAUAAUGGCCGAUCUUUACCGCUAGAGGAGUUAGAUCUUACUGGUAGCAAUAUUUCUGGUACAAUUCCAGAUUUCAUUGGAAAGUUAACUUCUAUGAGGAUAUUAGUACUACCUUCGAAUAGGAUUUAUGGUCCUAUUCCUCACUGGAUUGGACGAUUAUCAUCAUUGGAGUAUUUAGAUCUUUCAUUUAACCGGUUGGAUGGUAGCCUUCCUGAUGAACUUGGUUAUCUCUCAAAGUUGCAAACGUUAAAAAUUACUAACAAUUUGCUGACUGGUAUCAUAACAGAUGCUCACUUUGGCAAACUAGCGAAUUUGAUAUAUAUAUAUGGAGGAGGUAACAACUUAACCUUACGACCAAGGUUUGCUAACUGGAUUCCCUCGUUCCAGUUGCGGGAGUUGGAUUUAAGUUCUUGGGGUUUAGGGCCACAGUUUCCACUGUGGUUGCAUUCACAGACACGGUUAAUAGUAUUGUACAUAAGCAACACAGGGAUUUCUUCAGCCAUGCCAUCUCAUUUUGGAAAUCAUUCCCUAAACUAG